AUGCCAAAACUAAAUGUGAAACCUGCUUCUGAUAGGCUUUACAACGAAUUACUUGCCACGGCAUUCGACGGAAGAGGCCGUAAUGCCCGAUAUCGUAAGAGUCAGCUAUUUUUCCUGCAUAGUCAUCUUAGAACGGACCUCGAGAAAAUACGGGCAGCAAUCAAGCAGGACAGAUGCUCUGCAGAUGCGGAUGUCGGAGUAGAGCUUGCUCUGUCGCUGAAUGCAAUUCGAAGGCUCUAUCAAGACAUCGAUUUCAAUCACAGCAUUCAAGAAGAGUUUCGGAUUACAAGAAAUGAAAACAACGCGGAGAGGAGGAUUCCGUAUGGCGUUGUCGUUCUUAAACCUACACUACGUACAAGGUUCUUUUCAAUUAUAUCGGCAUUAGCCGCAGCGUUCGCGGCAGGCAAUGUGGUUCUGUUGGAGUUGGAGCCUAGCUUGCAUGCGGUUGACCAAUAUUUCCGAACGGAGUUCGAGAUAUUUGACGGCGCUUCUUGCAUCAUUGCCUCGACCAGGAUCGAGGACGCCACGUUUCUCUCUCGAUGUCGAGUCGUUGACCAAACCACAAAUGCAACUAUUUACCCCGAUUCUUUGCAGCAUCGACCUCACCAAAUCACUAUCGCAGUUGUUGAUGGAACGGCCAAUGUUCGAAAAGCGGCAAGUGAGAUAAUUGCUUCCAAGUGCCGAUUUGGCGGAAGUUCCCCUUAUGGCGUCGAUAUUGUGCUUGCCAACGAAUGGGUCAAGGACGAAUUUCUUACACAGUGUAAGGAUAUACUUGAAACUGAGUAUUCAACACUACAACAGCAUUCGGAGAGGGUACAAGCGGUGAAAACCCCCAAAAAUUCGAAAUCGAAGGGUAACGUAUUGCUCGAUUUAUCUGGAGUGCAGAUAAAAGAAUACACACGCAAUGCAUUUGAACUUCAGGGCAAGCCUCCCACUCAGGCUAUUCACCUUUUGACUGUGACAGGAAUUGUGGAUGCCAUGACAAUCGCUGCAGAGCAAGGGCCUUGUCUGGCCUUGUACUCUUUCUCCAGUGCAGGGGAGGCUAAAUACCUCUCAUUGUUCAUCGACAGCGAUAUAUGCAUGCUAAACCAGAUUCCGUUGCCGCUGUUGGUUGGUCCGCCCCUACCAGUUACCAAUCAUGCUGUCGAUCUUCAUUUACGCUACGAUACCCUUGAGAUGUCAAAACCAGCGCCUCAGCGGAUCCGAUCCUUUGCGUCGGACAAAAAUCCAGGGCAAUUUUGUGGGCAUGCUGUGCGCCCUUUCAAGCCGGUCAAGCAAUCCUCAGGCUUUGAUAUUGGCUUCUUUGACCGAGGUGCUCUUGUGGGUGGCGUGGUGAUUGUCCUUCCAACUCUUUGUGCGUUAAUUUUUGGAGGAUAUCAGAUCGUUGCCACCGGGGUUCGCAAUUUCCUGCGCCCAUUGUCCUAG